AUGUCAUCGACGACCCGGGCUCCGACCGUGCCGCCGACUAUGCGCGCCUGGGUGCGCCCGCGGCGCGGUCCUGCUCGCAGUGCGCUCGAGCUGGUCACCGGCUAUCCCACGCCCGCCGUGCCCAUGGGUAUGUCGCCCGACGUCCUGAUCCGCGUGUCACACGUGUCACUACAGUUUAGUACCGAGAUGUUGAUGAAGACUCUGCCUAACCUGCCCUUAAUCGGCCCGUGGGUCCCAGAGGUCGAGCUUUCCGGCGAGGUGGUGGCGGCUGGCGAGGGCGCGCCGGCAGAGGUGCGCGACCUGGGCUCGCAUGUCGUCGCCUUCCAGAACAUUCCUAGCGCCGUGGUCAUGGGCCGCGGCGUACUGGCAGAAUAUGUGCGGCUGCCCGGCUGCCAGGUCGCACAUAUUGAUGCCGGUGUUGACAUGGCGUCAGCCUCGGGCAUUAAUGGGGCCGGCAGCACCGCGCUCAAGAUGAUCCGCACAGCAGGUGUGCGCGAGGGUCACACUGUGCUCGUAAAUGGGGCCAGCGGGUCGGUCGGCUCGGUGCUCGUGCAGCUGUGCAAGCUGCGUGGUGCAUAUGUGGUUGGCGUGGCCAGCGGCGGCAACGAGGCCAUGGUUCGUGGCCUAGGCGUGGACGAGUUCGUCGACUACCGUAAACAUGACCCGCUGCCAGCCUACCUAGCGCAGCAGUAUGGCGACAAGCCGUUUGACUUUGUGCUCGACUGCGUCGGCACGCAGGCACUCUUUGUUAACUCGCCAGCCUAUCUUAAGGCCAAAGGAGCUGUGGUUAAUAUUGGCGGGUUCGAGGGCAUAUGUGUGACGGUGCGCAACAUGCUGCUCAAUAGCUGGCUGCCCACCUGGCUGGGCGGCGUGCCGCGCCGCUAUAUCAUGUUCAGCACGCCGCCGACGCGUGACGACGCAGUCUACCUGGCGCGUCUGGUCGAGGAGGGCCGUUUGCGAAUCCCAGUCGACUCGGUCUUCGAUAUAGAAGAUGCCGUGUGCGCCUACGAGCGCAUCGCCACCAAGCGUGCGCGCGGCAAGGUAGUAGUCAAGAUGCACGGCGGCUAG